GUGAAGAGGUGAGGCUUAUGGCACAAGGAAGUGGAGCUGUAACAUGAAAUUUAGAAGCUUGAAAUUAACGCAGCAGGAGAAAAGUGUGAAGUUGUGAGUAAACAUGAACUUAGUGGUGUUUUUCCUCGUGGUUGUGGGUUUGAGUCCCGCCGCGGAGGCGCUGGAUAACGGCCUGGCGCUGAAACCCACCAUGGGCUGGCUGCACUGGGAGAGGUUCAUGUGUAACACCGAUUGUGACCACGACCCCGAUAACUGCAUCAGCGAGCGUCUGUACAUGCAGAUGGCAGAUGUGAUGGUGAAGGAGGGCUGGAAAGAGGCUGGAUACGAGUACGUCUGCAUCGAUGACUGCUGGCCCUCCCUGCAGCGUGACACCCAGGGCCGCCUGCAGGCAGACCCCAAUAGAUUCCCAGGGGGGAUCAAGAAACUGGCCGACUAUGUCCAUUCUAAAGGUCUGAAGCUGGGUAUUUAUGCAGAUGUUGGGAAAACCACUUGUGCUGGGUACCCUGGUAGUCAGGGUUCCUAUGAGGUGGAUGCUCAGACUUUUGCUGACUGGGAUGUGGAUCUGCUCAAGUUUGAUGGCUGCUUUAUGGAUUGGAAAUUGCUGGGAGAAGGCUACAUCAAUAUGUCAAAAGCACUGAACAAAACCGGGAAGAGCAUCCUGUACUCUUGUGAGUGGCCUUUGUACGAGUGGCCUUUCCACCAGCCAAACUACACUGCCAUUAGGGAGACGUGUAACCACUGGCGUAACUUCGAUGAUGUGUUUGACUCGUGGAAUUCGAUCAAGUCCAUCUUGGACUGGACAGCUCUUCACCAGGACAUCAUUGUCCCUUCGGCUGGGCCCGGGGGAUGGAAUGACCCAGAUAUGCUCGUAAUCGGGAACUUUGGCCUAAGUCAUGACCAGGAGGAGUCCCAGAUGGCAUUGUGGGCAAUCAUGGCAGCCCCUCUGCUCAUGUCCAAUGAUCUCCGGAACAUUUGUCCUCGUUCCAAGGCGCUGCUGCUGAACAAACACAUCAUAGAAAUCAGCCAGGAUUCACUGGGCAAACAGGGAUCUCGCACUGCCAAGACAAAUAGUUUUGAGGUGUGGGAGAGGCCUCUGUCUAAAGGCCGCCUGGCUGUCGCUGUCCUUAACAAGCAGGAAAUAGGUGGACCACGAGGGUUUCCAAUCAGUGGCAUUCCUGGCUGGAAGAUCUGUGACCCACAGUGUACCGUGACCCAGAUCCUGCCAGAGUACAAGGAGAUGGGUGUUCAAACCAAGCAGAGCAACAUAGUCUUAUCUGUGAACCCUUCAGGAACUGCUCUGGUGACCAUCACCCCCAUCGCUGGUGACCUCAGACGGCUUCACAAGUUGCUCUGGGAGAAGUUAUCUGUCAGACGAAUUUACACCAAAUCUUUGUAGUAUUCAGGUUCCCCUCAGAUUAAAACGUAGCGAUUCCAUCUGAUCGAAUGUGCUUCUUAAAUUGGGUGUUUGACAUCUUAAAUGGAAUAUAAUUUAUUGGGGUUUUUCAGUCUCACUGAAAGACUUAUUCCCUUGCUUUUACUGCCUAGCUAUUUAAUCUAGGUUUAUUUACACUGUUCUUUUCCCGAUUUUAUUGACUUCUCUUGUCUGGUUCUUUGUGCUAUGCUCUAGCUGUUUUAUUCUUAUAUAUUAUUCGUUUAACCUUAUGUUUUUACCCCUGUACAGCACUUUGGUCAGCUCACAUGCUGUUUUUAAAUGUGCUUUAUCAAAUAAAUGGAAUGGAAUAAUUUA